AUGGGUAUACAGGGGUAUACAGGGUAUACAGGGUAUACAAGGUAUACAGGGUAUACAAGGUAUACAGGGUAUACAGGGUAUACAUGGGUAUACAGGGUAUACAGGGUAUACAAGGUAUACAAGGUAUACAUGGGUAUACAGGGUAUACAUAGGUAUACAGGGUAUACAGGGUAUACAGGGUAUACUGGGCGUACAUGGGUAUACAUGGGUAUACAGGGUAUACAGGGUAUACAAGGUAUACAAGGUAUACAUGGGUAUACAAGGUAUACAUGGGUAUACAAGGUAUACAUGGGUAUACAGGGUAUACAUGGGUAUACAGGGUAUACAGGGUAUACAGGGUAUACAGGGUAUACAGGGUAUACUGGGAGUACAUGGGUAUACAUGGGUAUACAGGGUAUACAGGGUAUACAAGGUAUACAAGGUAUACAUGGGUAUACAGGGUAUACAUGGGUAUACAGGGUAUACAUGGGUAUACAGGGUAUACAGGGUAUACAGGGUAUACUGGGAGUACAUGGGUAUACAUGGGUAUACAGGGUAUACAGGGUAUACUGGGAGUACAUGGGUAUACAUGGGUAUACAGGGUAUACAGGGUAUACUGGGAGUACAUGGGUAUACAUGGGUAUACAGGGUAUACAUGGGUAUACAGGGUAUACAGGGUAUACAGGGUAUACAGGGUAUACUGGGAGUACAUGGGUAUACAUGGGUAUACAGGGUAUACAGGGUAUACAAGGUAUACAAGGUAUACAUGGGUAUACAGGGUAUACAUGGGUAUACAGGGUAUACAGGGUAUACAGGGUAUACAUGGGUAUACAGGGUAUACAUGGGUAUACAGGGUAUACAGGGUAUACAGGGUAUACACAUGGGUAUACACAUGGGCAUACAGGGUAUACACAUACAGGGUAUACAUGGGUAUACAUGGGUAUACAUGGGCAUACAUGGGUAUACAUGGGUAUACAGGGCAUACAUGGGUAUACAGGGUAUACAGGGUAUACAGGGUAUACAGGGCAUACAGGGUAUACAUGGGCAUACAGGGUAUACAUGGGUAUACAGGGUAUACAGGGUAUACAGGGUAUACAAGGCAUACAUGGUAUACAGGGUAUACUGGGGUGGGUAUACAUGGGUAUACAGGGCAUACAGGGUAUACAGGGUAUACUGGGUAUACAUGGUAUACAUGGGUAUACAGGGUAGGUAUACAGGGUAUACUGGGUAUACAUGGGUAUACAUGGGUAUACAGGGUAUACAGGGUAUACAGGGUAUACAUGGGUAUACACAUGGGUAUACAUGGGUAUACAGGGUAUACAGGGUAUGGGGGUAUACAUGGGUAUACAUGGGUAUACAGGGUAUACAUGGGUAUACAGGGUAUACAGGGUAUACUGGGAGUACAUGGGUAUACAGGGGUAUACAGGGUAUACAGGGUAUACAGGGUAUACAGGGUAUACAUGGGUAUACAGGGUAUACAUGGGUAUACAGGGUAUACAUGGGUAUACAGGGUAUACAGGGUAUACAGGGUAUACAGGGUAUACUGGGAGUACAUGGGUAUACAUGGGUAUACAGGGUAUACAUGGGUAUACA